UCUAUCCUGUUCUGAACCGAACAAGCACAGAUGCCCUGCGUUGGCUUCGAUUCCCCCCAUGCGAAUUCAGUUCCCCCCAUUGAAUAGCGAGAAAAGAUUGAACGACGCGAGUAUGGUUCCAUUCCCCCACUGAGUCCAACCGAUUCCCCAGAAGAUGCUUCGGCGAUGGCGUCCCGUCCGGUGGGUGACUCGUGGGGGCGGGAUGCGGCAACAGCGCCCCCCAGCCCAUUCGAUCUGGCGUCGGGUUCGAUUAUUUGUUAAGGGUAUCGACUUCCAAGAACAACAAUUCAAUUCAGAGUGGUACUCCAUUAUGUCCAAGGAUUUUCACCAGUUAGGGCUUCAUUGCCCCCAUUCCAAGCUCCUUUUGGAAGAGGAGUAGAUUAGCUCAUCCCUCAGCAAGAGUGCUAGACAGAAUCUUCAGAUGGAACUUUUGGAAGAGGAGGACAUUGCAAGUACUGUAUUUAGCAAUAACUCUGCAGAUGGAACUAAACAAAGUAGAUGUAGAUCUGCAAUCUUCAGCAAGUUGAGGUCCCCAGGCUGUUUCAUUCUUUAUUAUGCAUAUGAGUUUUCCAUUGUGUACUUCAGGGAUCAUUUUCAAAUCUCAAUGUCAAUGGGCACAUGGGCAACAUGCGUAUAUGCAAAUGUCCACACCUACCGAGGUCGGUUUUGUUUUGUCUUCCUAAUCUCAUUGUUUUUUGUUGUCGGCAUCAUGAAUGAAUACAUUACAUUUUAGAGCUGGAGGUUGCUUUCUGCAUUGUACUUACAUCUCGAAGAUUUCAUGUAGCAGAUCUGCAUGCUCUUGUAGAGGCUCAAUUCACCAUUAGCCGCAAAAAAAAAGGGGUCCGGCGAAGCAGUUAUUUCAACUAUCCCAUCGACAGAGCUAACAUAACAUCUUUGUCCUGCUAGCCGUUUAAGAGCAGUAUAUGAGAGUAGUAGUGCCUGAUGACUCAGUAGUCAUCAUGUACCUUCCCUGUUACCUAUCCUAUUCUUCCCUAAUCGGAGCCUGUAAAGCUUAAUUUGUUCCCUCUUUUGGCAAAAUACGGGCUUUUGAGCAUUCGCUUUACAUAUUGCUACCAUACAAGAAUCCAACUCCUCUAUAAUCAUUUGGCUAAGACAAUAAAAGGCUACCCAACAGAUAUCAAUCGAUGGUGAGGCUUCUGAUUGGCAACCUCAAUGGCUAAGUGGCCUCAUCACUAAUCCGAGCCCAUGUUAUUUCUUAUCAUUAACAAAAGGGAGCAAAUAGGACAGCUCAACCAUCCUGACGCACAAGGAUAAAAAAAUAUAUUGUUGUUUUGUGUGGCAAUAAGACCUCGUCUUGCGCAUUGCUUUGAGUAACUGAGCCCUAUAAAGACAAGCUGAGGAUCUCCUGCAAGAGCCAAGCAAACAAUGCAGGUGCGGUAGAGUGGAAGCAUUCAGAUCCAGUUACUACUGGCCUUCUCCUCCCUUGCUGAUCUGCUUCAACCCAAACGGUGUCUGUACUGUAACCAAGAUGGGAAGUGCAGGUUUAGAGCAAACAAAGGCGCGCUCGCACAUCAAUUGUGCACAACCAGCGAGAAGAACCUGGCAGAGGAAAUUUGACGAUGAAGGCAAGAAGAUCGAACUGUUUAGCAUGACCAUGAAUGAUAUGAUAUCAAUCAUACCCAUGAUUCUCAAGGGACUGAUGAUAAAUGCCGAUCAAAGGGGAAAAGGCCGGGAUAUACUCUAUGACCCAUUCAGGAAAUGGAUGGACAACUGCUACCGUGGCCUACCCCUUGGUGGCCUUGGUUCAGGAAGCAUUGGGAGAAGCUACAGAGGGUACUUUCAGCAUUUUCAGAUAUUCCCAGCAUUAUAUGAAGAAAAGCCUAUCCUUGCAAACCAAUUUUCAGCAUUCGGCUCGCGUCCCAAUGGAAAGAGCUACUCCACGGUGUUGUCUGCACCGACUGCUGAUGCUCUCAAGGGAGUCGAUAAGGCAGCUAUUGGAUCUUGGGACUGGAAGCUUAAGGAGAAAAACUGUACUUAUCAUGCCUUGUUCCCAAGAUCUUGGACAGUUUAUGAUGGUGAACCUGACCCUGAAAUCAAGAUCACCUGCCGCCAGAUAUCACCAAUAAUCCCUCACAACUAUAAGGAGAGCAGCUUCCCUGUUGCAGUUUUCACUUUUACGGUGCAAAAUUCUGGGAGCACACCUGCAGAUGUAACAUUGCUCUUCACAUGGGCUAAUUCAGUUGGUGGGAGAUCAGAGCUGACUGGAAAUCACACCAACUCCAAGAUGAUGGAGCGUGAUGGUGUGCACGGUGUUCUUCUCCGUCACAGGGCUGCGGACGGGCACCCGCCGGUGACGUUCGCGAUGGCGUGUCAGGAAACAGAGGACGUCCGCGUCACAGACUGCCCUUUCUUCACUAUGGGGUCGUCGGACUCCGGCGACUUCACGGCCAAGGACAUGUGGGAGGAGAUCAAACAGCAUGGUUCCUUCAGCGAAACCCACACUGGCAAAGAGCCGAGGGUGGCCAAGCCCGGAUCAUCCAUCGGAGCGGCGGUUGCGGCGGCGACGACCGUGCCAGCAGGCGGGACCCGCAUGAUGUCGUUUGCUCUGUCGUGGUCGUGCCCUGAGGUGAAGUUCCCAGACGGGAAAACGUAUCACAGGAGAUACACCAAAUUCAGUGGCUUGGAUCGAGAUGCAGCUGCAGAGAGCUUGGCUCAUGAUGCCCUUCUUGAACACAUGGAUUGGGAGUCCAAAAUCGAAGAGUGGCAGAGGCCUAUUCUGCAAGACAAAAGGCUGCCUGAGUGGUAUCCGGUUGCAUUGUUCAACGAACUCUACUAUCUGGUCGCUGGAGGCACCAUAUGGACAGACGGACGGCCUCCGAAGAUGAGCGUCGCCUCAUCAGGGACGGGGACGGAGCCAUUCUCCCUCGACGUGUUCCGCGCAGACCUGCAAGGCACCCCGGUGGUGGACGGCGUCCUGAGCGAGAUGACGUCCGUGACGGAGGACCUGCACUCGGCGGCGGCGUUCGGCGCGACGCUGCUCGGCGACGGCGAGGAGAACGUGGGGCAGUUCCUGUACCUGGAGGCGAUGGAGUACCACAUGUGGAACACCUACGACGUCCACUUCUACGCCUCCUUCGCGCUGCUCUCCCUCUUCCCGGAGCUCGAGCUCAGCCUCCAGCGCGACUUCGCCCGCGCCGUCCUCCUCCACGACCCCCGCCCCAUGCGCACCCUCAACGGCAAGACCGUGCCGCGCAAGGUCCUCGGCUCGGUGCCGCACGACGUGGGGCUCAACGACCCGUGGUUCGAGCUGAACGCGUACAUGAUCCACGACCCGUCGCGGUGGAAGGACCUCAACCCCAAGUUCGUGCUGCAGGUCUACCGGGGCGUGGUCGCCACGGGCAACGUCGCCUUUGCCAGGGCGGCGUGGCCGGCGGUGUACCUGGCCAUGGCCUACAUGGACCAGUUCGACCGGGACCGGGACGGCAUGAUCGAGAACGAGGGCCGCCCCGACCAGACGUACGACCUGUGGUCCGUGUCCGGGGUCAGCGCCUACACCGGCGGGAUCUGGGUCGCGGCGCUGCAGGCCGCCGCUGCCAUGGCACACAUCGUCGGCGACGGCGACGCCGAGUGCUGCUUCCGUGCGCGGUACCUCAGGGCGAAGCGCGUGUACGGUGAAGAGCUCUGGAACGGCACCUACUUCAACUACGACAACAGUGGCGGCAAGACGAGCUCGUCCAUCCAGGCCGACCAGCUCGCCGGGCAGUGGUACGCUCACGUGUGUGGCCUGGAGCCGGUCGUGGAGGAGGAGAAGGCCCGGAGCGCGCUGGGGACGGUGCUCGACUACAACGUCAUGCGGGUGAAGGGUGGGACGGUGGGGGCGGUGAACGGGAUGCGGCCGGACGGCACCAUCGACAUGUCGUCGACGCAGUCCAAGGAGAUAUGGCCCGGCACCACCUACGCCGUCGCGGCCGCCAUGAUCCACGAGGGCAUGCUGGAGGCCGCGUUCCGGACGGCCAAGGGCGCCCACGACGCCAGCUGGUCCAAAGACGGCUUCGGGUACGCGUUCCAGACGCCGGAGGCCUGGACGGCGGAGGGCGGCUACCGCGGGCUGCACUAUAUGCGGCCCCUCUCCAUCUGGGCGAUGCAGUGGGCGCUGUCGCCGCCGGAGCUCCACAAGGACCUCGGACCGGGAGCCUCGCCGGGGGACGCCUCGGUUGGGCAGGACAAGUUCGAGAAGGUGGCGAGCAUGCUGAGGCUGCCUGAAGAAGAGCAACACAAGGGAUUCCUCCGGGCUCUCUACCAUAUUCUCCGGCAGGUGGUGCUCCCGGCAUGACACCUCCAGCUCUGCAUGAUGGCGGACGAAUAAAUUAGUCGGUUGAUUGGAUAGAAGUCCGCGCAAUGGCGCAAGGCUGCUCGCGCUGUUGGAGUGUUCUUCCUCCUUUUACUUUUUUUUUGAAAGCUCCGGUUUGAGCUGGCUUCAUUGAUUUGGGAGAAAGCGUGCCGGAAACAGCGGUGAUCAAGUGAUCGGGUGGAAAACUAGAGAAAAACAGAAAAAAAAAAAAAGGCGCGGGGGAUCGCCGUGCCCUGGGAAAGUAUCAGGUACUCCCAACCUCGAGGUACUCCCGAUGCUCUAAACUCAAAAAAACCAUUUUUAAAUGUUUCAAAAAAAUUCAGAAAAAAUGUGAAUGUUCACAAGGAAUAUAACUACAACUCUUAAAAAUUUCAGGCCCAAACUUGAAACGCACAUUGAGAAAUAAAAAUGUAAAAUUUAGCAUGAAUAGUGUAAGAAAAAAAGACAAAAGCAACAUUGACACUAUUCAUGUCUGGAUUUCACUUUUUUGUUUCUCGAUGUGCAUUUCAAGUUUGAUUGGAAUUUUUUUGGAGUUGUAGUCACAUUCCUUGUGAACAUUCACACUUUUUCUGGAAUAUUUUGAAACAUUUUAAAAUGAUUUUUUGAAUUUGGAGCACCAGGAGUACCUAAAGCUGGGAGUACCUGAUACUUUCCCGCCGUGCCCUAUGCCUGCUAUCUCGCGCCCAUCUCUUGAAGAGGCCUCUAAGGCCUUAUACAAUGCAAGAUGCUUAGGGCAUCUACAACGCCCGGCGUUGGUGCUGGGUGCCAGGAUUAAUAACCUGGUCAAUUGGCAGUUAGACCAACAAAUCCCAGCACCUUACCUGGCAUCGGGAGGUGGGCGCUUCGUCUUUUUUUUUCGUCAGGACUUGAGCGAUCAUGUAGCAAUAGGCCUUCCAGCUGGUUUGGCGAUUAAUUAGCGCCCGUCUGUUAGCGUCCAACGUUGGGGCAAAUAGCAAUCCGAAGAUAUUUUGAUUUUAUGGUAUUA